AUGUCACCCACCUCUCGCCUUAUCUCCCCCACCCCGCGCCCUCGUCCCAACCACGACUGCAGCCUGGCUUGCUUCUGGAAGGGCGGGAAGGGGCUUCCAUCUCCUGCUGGGCAAGCCACUUCUCAGAGUCUCCGGCGCAGGCACUCGUCGACGGCCGUGCUGAUUGGGUCGACGCGUGACCCAGCGGUACACUGCAACCCGUCUCACUUGCCGUAUGCCGGCUCUGGUGCCGUCGUCACCUCACCGGCGCGAGACACACAGCACACCACAACACACAAGCCAGGGCGCCACCAUCACCACCACCCCACCCUGCUCACCCCACAGGGCCUCGAUGCCUUCUAG